CAAGAACUCUGCACUAGGCAGGCAACGUUGACAGAUGAUAAUCGACACACGUUCCGGCCUGGUGCGACAGAGAAAACGUCUGACGGAAGAGGAUAGCAAGAAGUCAGAUACAUCAAUUUCAAUCAAACACACAUUUUAUCUAGAAAUUACAAACAUGGCGGCGCUAACACGAAGAGUUUUCUGUAAAAUUACUCAAGAUUUCACCAAGUACCAUAGCGGUGCUCGGUUUUACGCCAAAAAAUCCAAUUAUAUUACGCCAGGACCACUUUUUAGUCAAAAUAAUGAGUCGAUCGCAUCAAAAGGAUUCUUGCGGUCACAGAAAUCAUACGACCCCCCACAAGACAGUGAUUCCAAAGUAACAAAUUUAUGCAAAUCUUUGAAUAUAUCUCAAGAUGAUAAAACUGUAUUAAAAGGUUCCCAAAAAUAUGAACUUUUAUCAAAAUGUAGUUCUGCUUUCAAUCACAGUGUUCCUAAUUCUCUACUUCACGAAAUUGAGACUAUUGAGGACGUAAAGAAUUUCUAUGCAACCCCUGUUAGCAAUGUCACACCUUUAGAUGCAAUGAAAAAUAUGGACCUACCUCCAAACUUACAUAUUACGUAUGAAUACCAUAGAUUCCAUCCUGAUACUGAUAAAUUAUUUGGAGGCCAAACAGCUUUCCCAGAAAGUUCGACUUUGGUUACUGGACUUAAAUAUAAAAAUAAAUACCAAGGCUUUACUCCUGAAAAGAAAUAUGAUCCAGAAAGUGUUCGAUAA